UACAGCGCCCUACAUUUUAGUAACACUAUGGCAACGUGGACGGUGCUUUGGUAGUUUGAUUCUCAUCCAGGAGGGUUUUUCAUAUAGAAGAAAAAGCUGAAGCGCAGCACAGCCACAGACAACUACUUACUAGCUUUCUUUGAGCCCAAGAAGAGAACAGUCAGAAGAUAAAAUGCACGGAGUUAUCCGAUUUCUUUUGUCCCUAGCAACCAAGGGAAAAUUUGUGGUGGCGCUGCAGUCGCAGGAGCUUCCGCACGGGAUCGCGGGAACAACGACGCACAAUAUUACCUCCGUUCCGUCUUCGACUCAUCCAGAAAAUUCUUUCCAGGCUGUGCCGUCGCCGCACGAGGAUACCAUUCGUGAACGACCGAACUCUGUGUCGGUUGCAGGAAGCUCAGUCCCGAAUGCAACAGACACGGCCCAUGUCUCGGUGGCCAGUGCACUGCCAGUGCGGUUGCCGGACACCUAUGAAACCGAACAGCAUUUAAUCGUGGACGAAUCUGGUGACAGCGAUAAGGACCUGGAGCUGAUGAGCAACUACUUCAUCCGGGAUACGCUGCGCCCGUCCAAGUUGCAUCGGCCGAGCAAAUUGAAGAAGAUCACCGCCAAUAGCAUGGAGCGCGAACUGCGAGACCGUCCUGUGGCGUCUUUUUCCGAGUCGAAUGGAACUGCACCAGCAAAAAGUCGCACUUUGCGCAACCAAACGUCUGCUGCGCACCAUGUCGAAGAGUCUACUUCUGCAGCCCGGCAUAUACAGUCGGCAAAAAUCAUCUCCCGGCCGGUGGCUGCGCCCCUCCAGUCCUUGCAGGCUCCGACGCAGCUUUGGACAUUCCUCCUGAUUUUCGUCGGCUUCCUGGCGGCAGUGGCGCUUUUCGCCAUCCUGCUGUGUCCGCGGGCAUACACAGUGGUCGCUGUCGACUGCUGGAACCGGUGGGUGAUGAGGGUUUUGUGUCUGAAAAACGGCGGGGGACCCAAGUACGAACAGAAACUCGAGCAUCAAAUUCAGGCACUCGAAGCCAAGCUACUGCAGAAAGAACAAGACCAAGCCGUCGACUUUCGCAUCUUCCCGUCAGGCUCGGCAUUCCAAACUACAACUACUACAAUCCGCAACUUCUGCAACCGGGACAAGGCGGCCGCACACGGGUCUUGUUCUCCGCAAUACAACUGCGACUCUACUGCGGAUCAGGCGCUCGCGUGGUCCGCACAAGACGGGGGCGAUCACGUGGCUUUCAACAUGGUGUAGACGAGCACCGAGCGCGUUUGUAUGUAUGCGAUACUAGGUUAUUUCUUCUUCUGGCUGGAAGUGGCGGUGACUCCCCACCUGCUGGUAAAGAGCCAAAACACGUGUAUAGAUACGUCAAAUUACAAUUUUUAUUUUGUAGAAUUCAUGUCAUCAGGAGCAGUUUUUCCUCGAGAAAGAAUCCCUGCUGUACCUCAAAAUUGAUUCACGUAGUACCUUUAUGUUUCUAUCUUUGUACGUCCUUGCACUGCGCAAAAUUAAAUCACCUGUAGAUGUAUUAUUCAUUGUAUAAUUUAUUCCGGUUUCAGUUUCUCUAUCUUCUCUAUUUCCACACUGUACAUCACGACUCUCUGACUAAAACUUGUCAAGCCUUGUAAACGGAAGAACACGUUGACGCGUAUUGAUUGGUACCUGUACCCAGGUCAGAAUCGGG